AAUCACGCUCAUUUGCACUGUACCUUUUGUGCAGAUCAGUCACAAGAAUAGUUCUAUUUCUCUACGCGACAAAUGAAUGUUAAUUGUGGUAGGAGAAUUGAUCAUAUAUAACUCACGAAGCCUUCGAAAGGUGCAGCAAGUGCUUAUCACCUUAUCACCGCUUAUCAUCUAAGGCACGCUAGGACUAUCUACGAAAUGAGCUACCGGAUAAUGUUUUAGAAUUGAUAAAAUAGAAUUCAGAAGUAUCAGUGCUUUACCGAUAGUAGUGAAGUAAACACGACGUUAUGGAAGUGGAUUUGCUUACAGCCGCAGCAAUCGGGGCUAUCAUCUUACUGAUGUAUCGUUAUGUUUCGAAAAAGUAUGAAUAUUUUCUAACCAAGCCGAUACCAUGCAUCAAACCAACUUUUCUGCUAGGUGGCAGUGCUCCAAUUAUGUUUCGCAGAAGAGACGUGGCAUCCCACGUUAAAAUUAUGUACAAUACCUAUCCGGAGUCCAAAGUGAUGGGUACCUACGAUUUCAUGCAACCGAUAUUCAUGUUGCGCGAUCCGGACGUGAUUAAGAAGAUUACCGUGAAAGAUUUUGACUUCUUUUCGGAUCAUACGCCAACGAUGACUAACGGCGCAGCAGAAGAUGAGGUCGGCGGAGAUAGUCUUUUCGGUAACUCGCUGUUUGCGUUACGCGGUCAAAAGUGGAGAGAUAUGCGAUCAACGCUGAGUCCAGCGUUCACCGGUAGUAAAAUGCGACAUAUGUUCGAGCUAGUGGCAAAGUGUGCCCAAUCAUUGGCUGAUUUUUUCAACUCGGAAGCAAAAGCAGGAGAAAUUCUAGAGUAUGAGAUGAAGGAUACGUUCUCCCGAUUUGGGAAUGAUGUGAUUGCAACGGUUGCCUUCGGUAUUGAGGUGAACUCUUUGAAGGAUCGAGAGAAUGAUUUCUAUGUAAAAGGGAAGCAGAUGUUGAAUUUUCAAUCGAUUUGGGUGCUGCUUAAGGUUUUCCUGAUGAGAUGUGCGCCGAAGUUGUCCCAAAAGCUUGGAAUCGAUUUCUCGAAUAAAAAUUUAACGGAUUACUUCAAGAAAAUGAUCGUUGAUAAUAUGCAUCAGAGAGAAGUACAUGGGAUUGUACGCAAUGACAUGAUUCAUAUGCUGAUGGAAGUUCGUAAGGGUUCAUUGAAGCAUCUCAAGGAUGAGCAGGAUCAGAAAGAUGCGGGGUUCGCAACAGUACAAGAAUCGAAUGUGGGGAAAACAGCUCACGGCCGGGUGUGGACUGAAAAUGAACUGAUUGCACAGUGUUUCCUUUUUUUUCUGGCAGGUUUCGAUACUGUUUCUACCGCUAUGACAUUUUUAGUCUAUGAACUAACAACCAAUCCGGAAGUUCAGAAUCACCUGUAUAAGGAAAUAGUUGAAACUAAUGAAUCUCUCAAUACAUGUCCUCUGUCUUACGAAGUUCUCCAGAAAAUGGAAUACAUGGACAUGGUCGUUUCGGAAGCUCUUCGCAAAUGGCCACCAGUCAUCAUGUCCGAACGAUACAGUACUAAAGACUAUCUGUAUGAUGACGGCUCUGGAACUCGUUUUGUUAUCGAGAAAAAUCAAACAGUAUGGAUUCCUACGUUUGGUAUACAUCACGAUCCAAAGUAUUAUCCAGAUCCGGAGAAAUUCGAUCCGGAACGAUUUAACGAGACAAACCGAACAAAGAUUAAUAUCGGCACCUAUCUGCCGUUUGGAAUAGGCCCAAGGAACUGCAUCGGCUCACGGUUAGCACUAAUGGAGGUCAAACUGAUUCUGUACUACCUGUUGAAGGACUUUAGUCUAGAACCGACUGAGAAAACGCAGAUUCCAUUGCAAUUGACGAAAAAUAUGUUUCUGUUUCAAGCGGAGAAAGGUGUGUGGACGGAAUUCAAACCAAGAAGUAAAUAAUUGGCGCAUUUGAAACUGGCAAAAUUUUCAGAUAAAUCAGAUACAAUGUGAUUUUGACUCUGUGACAAACAUGGAGAAAGAAAAUUACAAGCCCUAAAUUUUUUAAAACGCCAUCACAAUACAGUGUGAUUUUUUUUCUUCAUAAACACUUUGAUUUCAUUAGACAAUGUACAUUAGUUCUAUUAUAUACUGAUUACAAAUAAAAAUAAAAUACCAAGUGUGAAACCUGUGUUGGUAUAUUAUAUCUCAUAA